UUGUGUACGUGAACUGCCCACAACUAUAAUUGUAGUCUUCAUGGUGACUCACGCGGCGGCGACGACCACCACCACGGUGGCGGGGCGGACGCGAGCGAUGUGGCGGAUGCGGUUGCAGUCAGCAGCCCGGACGGCGCUGACGUGCACCAUAGUGGGCUGCGCCACCCUCUACAUAUCAGCCUCGUUGAGGAGCCACUUAUUUUCGUUCCCGGCGUUUUCUUACCUCACGGCCAUUCUCAUAGUCUCCGACGCCACGCUGGGCGACGGCCUGAGGGGCUGCUGCUACGCAUUGUACGCCACGCUGCAAGUCAUGCCUCUUUCCAUGCUGGGCCUUUGGGUCAGCGGCGCCGGCGGUGGCAGCUCGCUCUCGCCGGGGAUUGCCGCCGCCAUGGUGGUGAUGGGGUCCUAUGUGGUGGCGCUGCCGGCGAGCACGCACAUAAUGUCCAAACGGAUCGCGUUCGGACAGCUGGUGAUUGUGUUUGUGGAUGCUGUUGUUCAUGGAGUCCACACCAGUAUUAUCGUCCACCCUCUUCGAGUCGCGCCCAGCACGGCCCUCGGUGCACUGGCUUCUCUCCUGGCUUUGCUCUUUCCGCUUCCUCGACUCGCAUAUUUUGAGGUGAAAAAGCUAUACAAAUUGUACACAGAAAAUGCUUCAGAAAGGAUUGCUCUAUACUCCCAAGCAGUUGCAGCCCGAGACACUUCAAUGGUUUCAGCCCUAAGCUCCCAAGCCAAACCCCUAGCGGAAACAGGGGCAAAACUCCUUGAAAGCAUAGGACUUUUGCAGGAGGGGUUGAAGUGGGAGAAGCCAUGGCUAAUGCUCUUAAACCCCUCUCUUACAGACCCAAUCUAUGGAUUAGAAGAGAUAGAAACAUCUAUGAGAGGAAUGGAAAUUGCCUUGUCAACUUACCCUUCUUUUCACUCUAAAACCAUUGAUGAAGAGCUCCUCAAUAUCCUGCAAAGUGCACUGGAGAAACUUGGGGUAAAAAUUGAGCAAGCCCGAGGCUCUUUCCCUUGCCACAAAAGGACAGCCCCAGAGAAUAGAGGAGAGGGGGUAAUAGAUAUGUCCUUGCCCUAUGCUUCUUAUUUCCUUACACACGAAGACCUGCCCGCUUCGUUCUUCUUUUCCUGUGUAAAAAUGUUCAUAAAUGGAUCAGCUAGGACGGUGGAUACUAGCGAAGGACUUAUGGAAAAGCAGGCCGAGCCCGGAUCAAAGAAAGCCUGCAGUAAUAAGUGGAGUAUGUCAGUAGUGAGGAAUGAAAGGAUGGUAUUUGCUUGCAAGUGCUCGCUCUCGCUUGGACUAGCGGUACUAUUUGGUUUGCUAUUCGACAGAGCGAAAGGAUACUGGUCAGGUCUCACAAUUGCCAUAAGUUUCGAGACAGGAAAACAGGCGAUUUUCACACUUGCAAACGCCCGAGCACAAGGAACAGCAUUGGGGUCAAUCUAUGGAGUCCUAGGCUGCACUGUUUUCCAAAGGAUUGGCAAUGUCAGGCUUGUAUCUCUCCUCCCAUGGAUCAUCUUCACCAGUUUUCUGAGGCAUAGUCGAAUGUACGGGCAAGCCGGGGGAAUCUCAGCAGUUAUAGGAGCAUUACUUAUCCUCGGCAGAAAAGAUUACGGUCCACCAAAGGAAUUCGCCAUCGAGAGACUAACCGAGGCCUUCAUAGGGCUCUCGUGUUUCAUUCUAAUGGAGCUCCUCUUCCAACCAACCCGAGCCGCCUUCUUAGCCAAAUAUCAUCUCCAUACAAGCUUGGAGGCACUCAAGAAAUGCACCGAACAUAUCGUGCUCGAUUCGGGGAAAGUCUGGCUACUAAGGGAAAAACAAUGGCACCUUAAAUCCCAAGUCCUCCUAUUAGGAAAAUUCAUCUCAGAUGCAGAAUUGGAACCAGAUUUUUGGUCUUUACCUUUCCCUGUUUCUUGCUAUCAAAAGCUCCACAGGGCACUCACAAAGAUUGCAGAUCUUUUAUACUUCAUGGCCUGCAACAUAGAACUCCUUUCACAAGCCCUGCAGAGCAGCAAUGUUGCUUGGAAAGAGAUCCAACAACACAUAAACAAGGACUUGGAACUCUAUAUGCAAAUCAUUACCUCUCUAACCUCUUCCCUAAGCCAUUCUGCAGAUUCUCAACAUCCCGACCUCGAGGAGGGAAACUCAAAUCCGACUACAUACAACAACACGGUAUUUUGUGCAGAAGGCAAAUACGCGGAGAAGAUACUAAAUUCUUUCCUCGAGCACUGCAAGGAGGUUACUGAGAAGUUCUGUGAACUCGGAGUUAAGGAUGAUCAGAGAGCAAAGGAGGCUCUACAUAUGUUUGCUGUGGGGUUCUGCAGCAGGUGCUUGAUGGAAGAGCUAGCACAGGUUGAUAAAGGGAUUAAAGAAUUGGUGCAGUACAAAGAUCCUUAGGGAGAAAUAAAAAUGCUAACGAAUUUUGUAACAAUUCCUCUAACGCGGAUGCUAUAGUAUGAUGAACAUAGUACUUGAUUUGAUUCCUUAAACUGAAUCAGAACUACAGAGU